AGCCUGGUGCGGUACAGGAGCGGCGGCGCCAUCGAGCACCCCCGCGCCACGCGCUAUGGCAGGAGCGAGAGCAAAGUAUGUCAUUCCGUUGCUCCCCUAUGGUUGUCCAGCUCCGGGUCCACUGCCAUUGUCACGCGAAAAGCCGGCGGGGUAGCACGCCUCGCCCCCAUGCCCCUUCGCCGUGUCGGAUCCGGCUGCCUGUUGCCGCACCUAGGACAGCGUCGCGCUGGAUUCGACUUUCGACGGCCGUCCCAACGGUGCGGUGUCCAGAUCCGACGAGAGCCGAGCACUGGGGAGGGGCGCCCCUUAGAGCGCCAUCGAGGGGUGAGGCCGCCGGGGUUCGGCGCGUCGUGAGGUCGUUGCGUGGCCGCGUGGAUUCCAGCUCGGAGCGGAACCUCAAGGAGCACGCGGUGCAUGGCGGCGGCGGCCGGAGACCCGUGGUGAGGAGAUAUGUGGAGAUGGUGGUGGGGGAGCGGAGGCGGCGGCUGCGCACCAUGCCCAGACCGGUGGCCCUUGGGACAAGGGGUAGCGCAGUGCAUCGAGUGGUCGUGGCGAGCCCCAGCCGAUGGCCUGCAGCGAGCGGUGGCGGCACGCCCGCCAAGGUGGUGGUCGAGGUCAGGAUUACGGAGUCCUCAGCUUCGGAGUUGCCGGCAGCGAGGCGCAUCGGCAAGCUUCUUGCCCACCCGCUCGGUGCUAGAGAGGAGAUACUUUGAGCGAUGUUGUACGUGCCGCUCAAGGGUGAGGUUGUUGGCAGCAACGAUUUGCUUUCACCUUUUUUAUUAUUUGUUUGCACCAUGUAUCAAGUUUGAAGCUUUGUUAUUGUAUUAGAAUUGUUUUUUUUUGAACGAGCUCUUGAUGGACAUAUUAUUCUGCCGAAUCGAGGUUUGAAAUGAUUCUCAAACAUCUGCUGUUUUGUACCGAUUUGUUCACAAAUUAUAAAUUGCCAAUGGAAAGAUUGAUAUGUUAGUGUUGAUUUUUUUUAAUAUUAUGUGUGCUCAUUUUGUAUAUUUGUAAAGGAUUGAUUUCUUUUAGUGCACAAUGAUGUACAGGAUGUACAGGAGGCUGUAUAAUGAUGUACGGUUUGAGAGUAAUGAAUUCUUUCCGAUCUACCAAUUUGUACCUAUUUGCACGCUGUUGUGCAUCGAUGUAUCGAUAUGAACUCGUCCAGAUGGAAGAUAUCAUAUAAUACACUGGUGGGAGCACAAAUUUCUGUUAAAAAUUACUGUGGAAGAGCAAAGGUUGCUGAAGCACAUAGGAAAGUGGGAAAGGAGACGUUGGAGGAGUGCAAGAAAGUAAAAAAAGG